AUCGCAAGACGUAAAUACUAUGAUACUAAGUUUGAGAGUGCCAAAAACGACCUUAGAACAACUUGGAAAUUGCUUAAUGAGGUUAUAAAUAAGCGUAAAAGUAAAUCACCUUUGCUUUCAUCAUUUGCAUCUGAGGGUAAAACGAUAACAGAUCCUGUGGAGAUUGCUGAUAAAUUCUGUAAAUACUUUACUAAUAUUGGCCCCAAUCUAGCUAGAGCAAUAAGCGACGUAAAUUCCUCAUUUAGUUCUUUUCUUGGUGACGUUAACCAUCCUCCUAUCACCCUGCAACCUACCGACCCCUGUGAACUGGAAAGCAUUUGUAGCAUGUUCGCCUCUGGGAAGGCCCCCGGCUAUGACAAUAUUUCAAUGCGUGUAAUUAAACACUCAUUUGACCUGAUUUCUGCCCCUCUGGCCAACAUCAUAGACCUGUCUUUACAAAAAGGUAUCUUCCCUGAAAAACUAAAAAUUGCUAAAGUGAUUCCUAUUUACAAAGUAGAUGAUCCUAGUCAUUUUACAAACUACAGACCCAUUUCUUUGUUGUCCAGUUUUUCCAAAUUUUUUGAAAAAGUAAUGUAUAAUCGCACGAUUGAAUUCGCAGAGCAGUAUAAUAUACUAUACCACUGCCAGUUUGGAUUUCAUAAAAACUAUUCAACGUCCCAUGCUCUAAUCCAUCUGAUAAAUAGAAUCUCUUCGGCAAUUGACCAACGUGAAACUACUGUAGGUGUUUUCCUGGAUCUCUCCAAAGCUUUUGACACUCUUGAUCAUCAAAUCUUAUUCACCAAGCUGGAGAACUAUGGUAUCCGUGAUGUGGCUCUGCAGUGGAUCAAAAGCUACUUUUCUUGCCGUCAGCAAUUCGUCCAAAUUAAUCAAACUUGUGCCUCAAUGCAGACCGUUAAGUGUGGAGUUCCUCAAGGAUCCAUCUUAAGCCCCUAUUCUUCAUACUUUACAUAAAUAUGUUUCAUAAUGUUGACAGGCCAUACACGACUCCCUUUGGCCAAGUUGUUUCAUAAUGUUGACAGGCCAUACACGACUCCCUUUGGCCAAGUUGUUGUAUAUCUUUGACCUUUAAGCUUCAUAGUUUGAGUUGUUCAUAACGUUGACAGGCUAUUCACGUCUAUCUUUGGCUCAGUUGUUGUUGCUUUGACCUUACCUUCAUAGUUUAGCUCUUACGAGUAUAUCUUGUAGUGACUUUCCUCUUUUGUAAGAUAUUAUGGGCGGGUCUUUAAAGAUUUCUCUAAGCAACGGUUGGUUUUCUAUAAGAUACCAUUUGUGCAUGAUGAUUUUUUUUAGAUUCGGUACUGAGGGGCGAUAUUCUGUCAUGAAUGGUAGUAUAUUCUUGUGCGUUUUCGUUCUGUUUUGCAAAGCCGACAUUCUUCCGUGAUGCUUGACUUCUGAUAGGUGCUUAUCUAUCACUUUAUCUCUAUAACCCCUCAUACGGAGUCUUUUCUUGAAAUUAGUUACGUUCUCUUCGAACGUUUUCUCAGAAGAGUUUGUUCUGUGUAAUCUUAAGGCCUCGCCCUUUAUGAAUCCUUUCUUAACCCCUGGGGGGGACAUGAAGAGAAGUACGUGUAUUGGAAAGUUUCUGUCGGUUUGAAGUGUGUACGCACAUCUAGGAUUGAUUCCUUCUUAAAUCUUUCUCCUUUGUAAAUACAUGUAUCCAGAAAGGUGGUUUCUGUUUCUGAAACUUCAGCAGUAAAUUUUAUGUUCGGGUGGUUGUUAUUUGCUAGUUCGAUGAAUGAGUAUAUUUCUUCUUUGUCUACAUUCCACAAUGAUAAUAUGUCAUCGAUAAAUCUCUUCCACACUAGUGGUUUGUGCGGACUUUUGUUAAUAAUUUCUGUCUCUAUUGCAGACAUAAAAAUGUUAGCAAAUGCAACAGCCAUUUUUGUUCCCAUAGCUGUACCUUGUACUUGGAGGUAGUUUUUUCCAACAAAUUGGAACGAAUUCUCCCUUAGGAUUUGUCUGAGUAUUGGCUGGGUAUUGCAGGUUUGUUUUGAUAGAAUGUUUCGUAUGUUUUGCAUAUAAUGGUAAUUCCUUCCUCCUGUGGGAUGUUUGUGUAUAGUCUAGUUACAUCCAUAGAGACUAAAAUAGCAUUUUCUACGACCCUGGUUUUCUCUAUGAAGUUGAUAAAGUCUGUCGUAUCUUUAAGAUACGAUUUUUGCGAUUUAGCAAUUGUUUGGAGGAGACUAUCAACAAAUGAUGAGAUUCUUUCCGUCGGGCCUUCGCAGCCCGAUAUGAUCGGUCUUCCAACUGGUGUUGGUUUGUGAAUCUUUGUGAGAGUGUAGAAUUGUGGUAUUCGCGGUGGAACUGGGCUUCUACUUUUUGCUGACGACACGAGUAUCUUUUUUUCACACUCUAAUCCCAACUACUUAGAGAAUGUGCUUAAUAAUGAGUUACUAAAUAUUGCUCUCAGUUAAUAUCAAAAAGACAAAUUAUGUUACCUUUAGUCCGAGUCAGAGGAAACUCAACCACUCUCUCUCUUUUGGAGGUCAACCUCUAAUUCAAAGCAAUGUAACUGAAUUUCUUGCAUAGGGUGUACCUAGACGAACAUCUUACUUGGAAGUAUCACAGAAAACUUUGUCUGUAAACAAAUCGUUAAAUCAAUCGGUAUUUUAUCCAGGAUGCGUUUCUACUUAUCUUGUACUUAUCGCUGUACUACACAUUAAUUUAUCCUUAUAUUACUUAAUGUAACUCCACGUGGUCUUCUACUUACGAAUCUAAUUUAAACAGAAUUUACUACCUACAAAAGCGGGCUGUGCGAGCUAUUACAACUUCAGAAUAUCGAGCACAUACUGCUCCUCUAUUCUACAAAUUGGAAAUUCUAGAUAUUUUCCAAAUUAAUACGCUCGAUACUGCUAAAUGUAUGUUUCGCUACCACAAUAAUCUGCUGCCUCCACUCUUCCGUAAUCUGUUUAUGACAAACAGUCAAGUCCAUAGAUAUGACACAAGAACAGCUGGUAAUUAUCGAGUGCAUUCCUGUCGUACGAACAUCAAGAAAUUCACAAUUCUCUACCAAGGCCCUAGAAUCUGGAAAUGUCUUCCUGCAUCUAUUACAAACUUGUCAAGCUUUUCUGUCUUUAAGGACAAAGUGCUAGAGAUUUUAUUAAAAUAG